AUGGCCGGACGUUCCAAAAAGAAGGGCACUUCUGGUGCAGCCAAAAAUUACAUCACUCGUACUCGCGCGGUGAAGAAGCUUCAGAUUUCUCUACCAGACUUCAGACGGCUAUGCAUCUUCAAGGGUAUCUACCCGCGUGAGCCACGCAACAAGAAAAAGGUCUCCAAGGGUUCUACUGCCCAGACCACUUUCUACUACACCAAGGACAUCCAAUACCUUUUGCACGAGCCGCUCCUCGCAAAGUUCCGCGAGCACAAGUCUGUCGCAAAGAAGAUUGGCCGCGCUCUUGGUCGUGGCGAGGCUGGAGAUGCUGCGCGCCUGGAAAAGAACCUUAUGCCCAAGGUCAAGCUGGACCACAUCAUCAAGGAACGCUACCCAACUUUUGUCGACGCUCUCCGCGACCUCGACGAUGCCCUGUCUAUGCUCUUCCUGUUCGCCAACCUCCCAUCCAGCGACCACAUUCCCGCAAAGACGAUCGCCCUCUGCCAGCGACUGACGCGCGAGUUUGAGCACUAUGUCAUCACCUCGCAUGCCCUGCGCAAGUCCUUCCUCUCCAUCAAGGGUAUCUACUACCAGGCCACCAUACAAGGACAGGAUAUCCUGUGGCUCGUACCCUACCGCUUCGUCCAGCGCACCGGCGGAGAUAUCGACUUCAGGAUCAUGGGCACCUUCGUUGAGUUCUACACUACGCUGCUAGGCUUUGUCAACUACCGCCUAUACACCUCAGUCGGCCUCGUAUACCCUCCCAAGUUCAACGCCAAGAGCGACGAGCAGGGCGGUGAGCUGGCCGCCUUCCAGCUAGAGGGCAAGGCCAACGCUACGAAUGGCGCAUCCAACGACCACGAUGACGACGUCGAGAUCAACCCCGAGGCGCAGGCCAAGGCUGAUAAGAUCGCCGCCAUGGCCGAUGAUGAGGAUGAGCAGGAGGUAGAGAUGGCAGAGGCCGAUGCCGAGGACGAUGACGAGGAGGAGAACACCGAGGGUAUCGAUAAGUUUGAGCCUACAGCACCCGAUGCCGACAUCCUACCGCAGCCCCAAGCAAGCAGUGCCGAGAUUGCUUCUCUGUUUGCGCCUUUCACAUUCUACCUUGCUCGUGAGGUACCAAGAGCAUCACUUGAAUUCAUUCUGAAGGCUUUCGGUUGCAAGCGCGUUGGCUGGGACAGCAUACUUGGAGAUGGUGCAUUCACAACGAACGAGUCUGACCCCAACAUCACACAUCAGAUUGUCGACCGACCGCCUCUAGCUAACGGAGCUUCAGCUGCUGGCGCCGAAGACGCUGCUACCCCUCAGGUACAGUGGCCACAUUCAACAAAGCCAGGCCGCACCUACGUCCAGCCACAGUGGGUAUGGGACUGCAUCAACCAGGGCAAGCUAUUGCGACCUGACCUGUACGCGCCGGGUGCAGAGCUGCCACCUCACCUGAGCCCAUGGGUCAAGCCCAAGAAGGGCGAGUACGACCCCAACCUGCCGCUCGCGGCGCAACAACCAGAUGGCGAAGCCGAGGCAUUCGAGGACUUGGCAGAUGAAGACGAGGACGCGUUCGAGGUUGAUGAUGAUGAAGACAUGGACGCUGUCGCUGAUCGGGAAGGUUCUGUGGAGGUCGGCGAAGGCAUGGACGUUGCGGACAGCGACGAUGAUGACGAGGACGACAGCGAAUCAGAUGCCGAGGGCGGUGCUGAUGGCUUUGCUGGCUUUGACGACGAGUCUGAAGCUGAGUCCGAUAUCUCAGAGGGUGAAGCUGCACGUCUCCAGCACCAGCGCGAACUCGAGGCCGAAGCCACCGGCAAGAAGCUCGAUGUCAAAGCGCCCACCAAGAAGGAGCAGAAUGCAGCGAUUCGCAAGAAGUUCGACAAGAAGAAGCGCGCAGAGGAGGAAGAGCGCGACAGGCAGAAGAUGAUGCUGUCCAACAAGAAGCGCAAGCUCCUUAAGCGCAUCGAAUACGGCGAGAACAAGCGCGAUACUGAGUCUGAGAAUCUCCGUAGGAAGCGCACCAGGCUCGAAAAGGCAAAGGCGGCCGCAGAGCGCGCAUAA